AUGGGCGAUGGAUUCCUGGAACCUGAUACGGCCCCUGAGCAACGAUCCGUAUGGAAAGAUAUUAAUCGUAAGGUGCUGAAACGAACAACACUGGCGCUGUUCAAGAAACAGCACGUUGUCGGCCGCCAGACUUACGCUAUGCCAUUCCAACGCAUGUAUGAUCCGUCAUAUUCGCUUCCCCUUAAUGUUGAAAUGGGUUUGGCCGGUGACUUCGCCUUCAUCGCUGCAUGCGAACCGCAGGUUGCAUUUGUAACCGCUGCGGCUAUAGAGCAGACGGAAGAUGAGCCUUCUCUUCUAGUGAAGCUUGCCGCGAACGAAGGCAUUGCCGUCAUCGUGAGGGAGAAAUCUAAUCAGCUGUUUGAAGUACUAAGGCAACAUGCUAAAAGGGGCUGA